GAGCACGGCACCGGCACGGAGACGCUCCCCUCCGAGGGAUGCGCUCGGAUGGGGGCCACUGGCAGGUCCCCGGGGCUACCAAUAUGUUCCCGAGGUCACCGGCAGGUCCCUGGGGCCACCAAUGGGUCCUCAGGGCCACCAACAGGUCUUCAGGGCCACCAAUAUAUUCCUGACAUCACCAGCAGGUCCCUGGAGACACCAACAGCUCCUCAGGGCCACCUAUAUAUUCCCAAGGUCAUCAGCAGGUCCCUUGGGCCACCAAUAUAUUCCCGAGGUCACCAGCAGGUCUCUGGAGACACCAGCAGGUCUUCAGGGCCACCAACAUGUUCCCAAGGUCACCAACGGGUCCCUUGGGCCACCAGCAGAUUCUCAAGACCACCAACAGGUCUUCAGGGCCACCAACAGAUCCCUUGGGCCACCAGCAGAUUCCCAGAGCCACCAACAGGUCCUCAGGGCCACCAGUAUAUCCUGAAGGCCACCAGCAGAUUCCCAGGGCCACUGUGCUGAAGGAAAUGAGGAGUUUCCCGUGCUCCUGAUGUUGUUUUGGCUCAGGGGGAGCUCCUUUAGGUGCCGUGUCUGGCACAUUUCCAGCUUUGUCUGAUCCUGGCGGGAAGCAGCUCAGCAUUCCCAGGGCAGGCAGUGCCACCUUGGUGAUGGCCCAGAGGCAGGAAGUGCUGUCCCAUGUUCCCAUCCCUCAGGAAUGGUGCCGUCUCCAGCCUCUUCCCUCCCCAUGCUCCCCUGACCCGGUGCCAACAUAACAUUUGCAGCUCUACCACCCCAUACUGGGAAAAUUUGGGAGAAGUUCAGGAUUGAUCAGUUUUAGGGAAAAUCCAGGCUUUGGCAUGCUCAGGGUGGGGGGUGAGACCCCCCGCUGGGAAGGCCGCAGCUCUGCUGGCUGGUGAUGGGAAUGUGUCAGAUCUGGCUCCGUCCUGUGUUCCUGGACUCUGCUCUGGUUCUCCGGCACCAGGAUGUGGCAUCCAGGACAUCCCGGCAACAGCCCCGGCACCCUUGGAGAGCCUGGUAGUUGCCAGGCUAGUGUGCUUUCCCAGCCGUGUCAGUGGGGAGAAAACCUAUGGAAAAGGGGCAGGCCUGUCCUGUUGCCUGGGAGAAAUCCCGAAUGCCCCCAGAAUUGGUGGCAUGAUGCUGGCAUGCUCCAGUUGGGAACUGGGAGCAGGAGGGAAAGGCAAGGAAGAGGGGGAGCCGUAUUCAGACUCGGUGGAGAAGCGAAUUCCCACUGAGAAUCUGGACAGACGGACGACGGUCGGCGCAGGCGGCCAGAGCAGGGUUAAGGGCGUGUCCCGUUUUCCAGCAUCCCUUUGGUGCAGAGCCGUGGGGAUCGGGGGCGUCCUGGGGGUCCACGCUGAGGGUCUGGGUGCUGUCUCCCGCUCCCGGUUCCACGGGAUCCAUCCGGGAGCGGGCAGGGCGCGGUGCCGCCUGGCACGGCGCUGGCAGAGCUCGCGCCUCCAGCUGGCGCGGGGCCGACGGGAGCCAGAUUUAGUUUCCUGUGACUGAGAGGUUGUAAAUUGAACUAAUUUAGGAUUCCAUAGGAAAACGAAAGGAGGGCGGCGGCGGCGCGGGAGGGGGGGGGCAGUGCCCGGGCAGUGCCUCCGGCUCCGGCCAUCCCGGCUCUCCGCUCCUCUCCACUCCCUUCCCUCCUCUCUCUCUUCCUCCCGCCUUUCGCUCUUUCUUCACCUCUUUAUUUCGGUUUUUGGAGCUAUUUAUCCUUCCCCUGCCAUCCCCCUCUAUCCCUGCCGCUGGCAUUGCACGAUGGCACAGCUUUGUCCCGUGGCAACGCCGGGAUCGGGAUGAGGUCGGCGGGUACCUCUCGAGGCGACUCCUCGGCGGUCCCAGGGGGACCCGGUCCCGGGGCCACGAGCAUUCCAGGCCGCCACGGGCAUUACCGCCCGGCUGCAUGGGCCGCGCCAGGCAUGCGCUGCUUCCUCGCCGGCAUCCCGCCCGCUCUUCCCGCUCUGGAAGCCUGUCCGUCCCGGGCCGGGCUUCUCCGCUCUCCGCGUCCCACCGGAGCCGCGUCCGCAUCCACCGUCCCAGAGCUGGGAGCCUCCCAGCUCGGGCAUCUCUCCCUGGGGACCCCCCGGCUCGCUGGAGCGACCCCGCGGCGGGGAUUCGGCCCCGCGGCGCCGUGGGAUCCCCCCGAUCCCGGCGGGAUGGGGACGCGGAGCCCCCGCGGCGCCGGGGCGGGAGCCGGGGCUGGGCGGGGAGGGAGCGGGGCCGAGGGGCCGGGCCGGCGGCACGUGAGCGGCCGCCGCGGGAUUUGCCUCCUCGCAGCAGCCUCAUUCUCCCGCAGACGAGGUCGGGCGCCGGGAAGCGGAGCGGCAGCCGCGGGAAGCGGGUGGGCACAUCCAGCCCGGCCGAGCCCCCCGGGGGGGACGCGGGACGGGCGACAUGGUGGCGGCACGAGCCCCCCGCACCCCCGGCAAGGCCGAGCCGCGGGCGAGAGGCGGAGGAUCCGGGCGCCGCUCCCGCUGGCUCCCGCCGGAGCGUUCCCUGCGCUGGGGCAUCUUCUCUCUAACUCUCUUCUUUUCCUUCCUCCAAUUUUGCCCCUUCACCUUCUUCUCCUUUCUCUCCUCUCCUCUGCCCUUCCUCUCCCUAAGUUUCGAGGACUCCACCCUGUCCACAGCCACUACCCUUGAGUAUAUCCCCACCUCAGCAGGCGAUCCCAAAUUCCAGAGGCCCCGCACGCUCAUGCGCCAGCAAAGUCUGCAGCAGCCCCUCAGCCAACACCAGCGCGGCAACCACAGCCAGCCCACCACCAGCCAGAGCCUGGGCCACCUCCAGGCCCACAGCGGCCCCUCCGGCACCGCCGCCAACUCCCGCGGCGCCCGCGGCGGCCAAACGCGCCAGGGAACGGCCGCCGGCUCCAAGCAACGCAUGGCCGGGGGCCGGAGCCGCUCCAACCCCGGCAGCUGGGACCACGUGGUGGGGCAGAUCCGCAGCCGCGGCUUGGACAUGAAGUCCUUCCUGGAAGGCCGGAUGGUGGUGUUAUCCCUGGUUUUGGGACUCUCAGAGCAAGAUGACUUUGCCAAUAUUCCCGACCUGCAACCCGCUGGGACGCAGCCGAACCAGGCGAACGCUCAGGGGGACAAGAGGUUGCCGGCCGGUGGCAAGGCCGUGAACACGGCGCCGGUGCCGGGGCAGCCGCCCCACGAUGAGUCCGACCGCAAGACAGAGCCUCACUCCUCCGUCUCCGACCUGGUCAACUCUCUGACCAGUGAGAUGCUCAUGCUCUCCCCGGGCUCCGAGGACGACGAGGGCCACGAAGGCGUGAGCCGGGAGAACCUGGGCCGCAUCCAGUUCAGCGUCGGCUACAACUUCCAGGAGUCCACCCUGACCGUGAAGAUCAUGAAGGCGCAGGAGCUGCCGGCCAAGGACUUCAGCGGCACCAGCGACCCCUUCGUCAAGAUCUACCUGCUCCCCGACAAGAAGCACAAGCUGGAGACCAAGGUGAAGAGGAAGAACCUCAACCCGCACUGGAACGAGACCUUCCUCUUCGAAGGGUUCCCCUACGAGAAGGUGGUGCAGCGGGUGCUGUACCUCCAGGUGCUGGACUACGACCGCUUCAGCCGCAACGAUCCCAUCGGAGAGGUGUCCAUCCCGCUCAACAAGGUGGACCUCACCCAGAUGCAGACCUUCUGGAAGGACCUGAAGCCGUGCAGUGAUGGCAGCGGAAGCCGCGGGGAGCUGCUGCUGUCACUGUGCUACAACCCCUCGGCCAAUUCCAUCGUGGUGAACAUCAUCAAGGCGCGGAACCUCAAAGCCAUGGACAUCGGGGGCACAUCAGAUCCCUACGUGAAGGUGUGGCUGAUGUACAAGGACAAGCGGGUGGAGAAGAAGAAGACAGUGGUGAUGAAGCGGUGCCUGAACCCCGUCUUCAACGAGUCCUUCGCCUUCGACAUCCCCACGGAGCGGCUGCGCGAGACCACCAUCGUCAUCACCGUCAUGGACAAGGACAGGCUGAGCCGCAAUGAUGUCAUCGGCAAGAUUUACCUGUCCUGGAAGAGCGGCCCCGGGGAGGUGAAGCACUGGAAGGACAUGAUCGCCCGCCCGCGCCAGGCGGUGGCACAGUGGCACCAGCUGAAGGCCUGAGCCCCCCCGGGCACCGCGGGCUCGGGGUCCCCGUUCCCAGCUCCCAACCCCGCUCCCGGCGCGGGACCGGCGGGACAGCGGGACCCUGCGGCAGGAGAGGUUGGGAGCUCCCCCGGCCCCCCCCGCUCUCGCCCCUCCCCGGCGCUGGGGGUCCCGGAGCUUCCGCGGAUCCCCGGGCGAGGAGGGGCCAGAAGCGACGAUUCCCCCCCUCCACCCCUAUUCCCACCGCCGGGCGGGACUUCUGCGAGUGCUUCCGGAGCCUCUCGACCCCUCCCCGGCCUCGCCCCCACCUCCAAAUUCCAGGGGGGGGUCAGGCUGCGGGAGCAAGAGGGACCCCCCCCUUCCCGUCCUCUUCCAACUCAAUAAAACCUCUCCGAGCGUCAGCGUCGCCCCCCCCCCCGCCCUUCCGAGCCCCCGCCGCCUCUCCCCGAGCCCCCCGGGGCGGGCGGGGGGCGCGGCGGGGAGGGGGCAGCCCCUUUUCCUGGGAUCGGAAGCCAUGCCACAGUUCCUUAUCCAAAGCGGGCCCGGCAGCGCUCUGCCCGUGGCCGCGUUCGAUGCUUUACCUCCGUCUCCGGGCUCGGGGGGACCGGGGGGGCCGCAACCCCCCGGGGGGACCCCCUAGUCCCGCCCUCACCCCCUCCCCGGGCGGGUUGCGGCCCCUCGGGGGGAUGCUGGGCCCCACGGAAUUCCCUGUCCAGCCGGGAUGAUCCCGGACCCCCGUGAGCCACCGGGGAUAAGGGGUGGAGCGAGCGCUGUCGUGCCCACCCCGGGCAGGCGACAUUCCCUGCGCCGGCGGCAUUCCAGCCCGGCAGGAUCAGCGCCAGCAGCAUCCCUGAGUUCCCCUGGGACGCACAUCCCCCUCCACCAGGACAGGGACCCCCCAAAACGGGGACGGACCCGACGGGGGUCGGGGAGGAGUGACAGUGGGGUCACCCCGCGUGGCGGACGACGGAUCAUCCUCAGUCUUCCUGCUCCCCCCGCGGCUCCCCCCUUCCUUCUCCCCUCCCGCACCCGCGGCGGGGACACCGACACCCCUCCGGGUGCCACCGAGGCCACGUCACCAUCGUCACAGCGUGUCCCCCCCCGUGUACAGCCCCUCACGGUGACACCGGGCACUUGGAGCGGGGGACACCCCCCGAGGUGCUCCAGGGGAUUCUUCGCUGCAGGGAGGGGAACCUGCACCAGAACCCCCCAAAAUCCGCGGGAUUCCCGGCUGCUCGGUCCCUUUUCCCGAGGGGUGACAUCCCUGCCACCAUGGGGACAAGCCAGCUGGGGACACGGUGGCCGCGGGACAACCCCUCCCGCAGCCCCGAUUUAGACGAUUUUGGACAAUCUGGAGAGAAAGUCAUAAUUCUGCUACUUCAGUAAUAACGACGCUUUUAGGGACAUUUGUAUUUUUGUCAGAUUCUCUCUUUUUUUACCAUAAAAGAAGAGAUUUACACGCCUGGGGAAGGGGACGGAGCCGAGGGGGCUGUGCCAAGCCCCUCCCUCGCCCCAUCCCGCUUUUCCAGGCCGGAUUCCUCGUCCGCGGUCGGGCUCCCCGGGGGGGCUUUGUGUGUUCAUUUUUAACUCUAGAGCUCGUAGCCGUGAUCUUGUUCAGGUAUUUCUCUUCUUCAUGUGACGGUAACAUCCAACUGGUGUGUAAAAUACAGCAAAAAA